GGUCGGUCGGUCAGUCAGUCAGUGAGGGAGGGCGGUGGCGGCGGCGGCGACGGAGGAGGAGGAGUCAUAGAGUGGGAAUCUUCCUACCUAAAAUUGCCACAGAGCCAACGAUCAAAUAUACCUACCCCACUAAAUAACCCUCAAAGAUUGCUUGGUGAGACUGCAAAUUCAUAGAACAAGGAUAAAUGCCAUUCCCGGGAAGAAAAAAAAAGUUUGAUUGCAAGAAAUUAAAGAAAACUGAAAUAAAUGAAGACAACUUGUAUGUAGACAAAAUAUGGUUUCAAUGUGAGAAUGAGAAUUGUUUAAAAUGGAGGUUGUUAUCUAGUGAAGAUGCCGCCCAAGUCGAUCGCAGUGAGCCAUGGUUUUGUUUCAUGAGCACUGACCCAAACCAUAACACAUGUUCUGCUGCUGAAGAAUGCUUUCCUGAAGAGUCUCAUGUUCUUAAAAGUGGAUUUAAAUAUGUCUAUUCACAACUUCCUAUAGGAAGUCUAGUCUUGGUGAAAUUGCACAAUUGGCCAAGUUGGCCAGGAAUACUUUGUCUUGAUCCUUUAAUGGGGAAAUAUGUGACCUGUGACCUGGAUGGAAAUGUUGAACAUUAUCAUGUAGAAUUCCUUGGUAAUCCCCAUUCAAGAAAAUGGAUAAAAGCAAACAGUGUUGGUCAUUAUAGUAUCACAUUAAAGGCAGAAAAAUGCAAAUUUAAUAAAAGAUGGUAUGAAAGUGCUCUACAAGAAGCGUACCUAUUAUAUGCAUUUUCUCAUGAGCAAAGACUGGAGAUGUGUCUUCUAUCGAAAAGAGGGAUGCCUUUAGUGGACAAACCUGAAGCAAAUAUUAAAGCUGCCAUAAAAGCCAAGAAAAGAUUGCUGCUUCUAAUGUCACCCUCAGUACUUCUAGGGGAAAAAGAGCUCAAGAAGCCACUGUCAUCUCCAAUGAUCGCCUCCUGGUGGCAUUUACUGUUCCUGCUACCUCUUAGCUACUGUGCAGGAGAUGGAGGAUCACAAGGAGGGCUGGGUGUGCAGGCCUCCCUGGCCUCUGCAAAAGAUGUUUCAUUCUUUGGACUUUUUAGCGUGAUGUUUUCAGCAAUGUUGUCAGAUGCCUUCAACAAGGAUGAAAACGUCAUCGAGGUCAGCUACUGCACUGAUGAUGAUCGUGCACUCGAUGCAGCCUGUCAAGCUGAGAUGAAAGGAUUCUUCAAAUAUUCUUUUGAAAUAGCCUGCUCAGAUGAUGCCUUAUUAAAGGAAAACACAGUUGUUUCUGAGACAGAGGACAUAUUAAAAGAUCUGGAGCAAAUGCUACAGGAAGCAGGAGAGCCCAUGAAGACCUCUGGAGAGUCAGAUGCACAUGGAGAUGAAAUGCACGCAGAAGGAAAGGUAUCUCUGUGCAACACAGAAAUUUCAGAAGAAAUCCUUUGUGAAAACCAGUAUGAAGAAGAUUGUCUUAUAAUUGAUGGAGUGCCCUUCAGAACUGGAGAAUGUAUUGAGAGUAUAACUGACAAGUUUAAAGAAAUAGAUGCUUUGAUGUCUGAGUUUUAGCAUGUAAAUGACUAAAAUGAUCUAUUCAUGUGACUAUUCAUUUUCAUAUGACAAAAGUAUUUAAAAUAUAAGAUCCAAGAGGCAAAAGCA